AUGUCCACGCGCGACCCACCUGCAUGGGUCCCACCCAAAGAUAUAGAAGAAUUCAAGCAGAAGGAUACUGCUCGUACACAAUUCGCCACCAACCAUGAAACUAUUGACAACCUCGAAGAGCAGGUAACUCAGCUCAACCUCGACCUCAAUCUCGCUCGCGCCGCUCCUGCCCCCAUCAUCACUGUCCCCGUUGUCACUUUUCCCUCACCUAUCACCGCUUCCCCCUUCAGGUCUGAAAAUUUCACAGACCAUCUGGUAGCCAAUGACGACCCGAGUCCAUUCCCAUCAUCAGGUAUGCGCGUACAGGGGGUCGUGGUCGUGAUUGCGGGGGCGGAGGUGGUGGUUGGGGGCCGUUGA